AUGCCCGGUUUUUCGGACUCCUUCUGGACCCCGGACUACGCCUCGGGUCUGGGAGUACUGUACGGGAAGCUGCAGCAGGGAGUUGUGGAGAACCGGCAAAUUUUGACCAUUGCGUCUAUGCGUGCCGAUGCAGAAGAGCAAUAUGGACUCCGCAUGGGAGACAUUGCCCCGAGCGUGGAUAAGAUGACGGCGCUGGGAUUCGGCAAGGACGAUGGUGCAAGUGUCAGAAAGGCAUACGAAGGAAUCCGCACCGAGAUGGUCGAGGCCUCCAAAAAUCACCAGAAAAUCGCGAACAACAUCCGCGAACUCGUCGUGGCACCUUUCCGCCGCUGGGGAGAACAACACGACAUGCGUGUUCAGUAUUCGCACGAUCUCCUCCAGUCCCGCAUCAAGGAACAUACCAAGCAAGCGGAGCUGGUGAGGAAGCUGCGCAGUACUUAUUUCAACAAGUGCCGUGUUGUCGAGGACUUGGAAGAAGAGAACAAGCUUGCCUUCCAGGACCCUGAAUCGAGUCCUCAGGUCAAAGCUCCACCGAAAAUCGUUCUUCCUGUUGAUGAAGAGCCGGAGGAGGACCCCCUCGAGUUAGGCGAGCGGAUCUUCCCGCCAGAUCACCUCAAGAAGCUCCUCACUCACAUGCUUAAUAACAUCAAACUUGGCGAGGCGAAGGUUCCUAUUAUUGGCACCUAUCUGAAUGUAUCCACCGGCGCGGAUAUCGCACAAUACAUUCAAACUUACAUGGAGGCCGACAAUCUCGCCCAAGUCGAGAAAAUUGGACAGGAUAUGGUGGAUGGCGGUCUUCUUCGUUUGGUUGGCAACAUGGGCAAUGUAUUUGCCAACAGCUCCAAGAUGAACUAUCAGUGGCGUCCCAAGGUUUUCCAGCUCACUGGAAUCCCCGACAAGAAGAAAACACUCAUGCGUGUUGCUUCAGUGGCAUCAAGCGAGGAUGGUAACAGCAGCGAUUCGCCGAUUGCAUCGGUCUCUGAGAUGCUGGCUGGCUGGAACCCCCUCAACAACCCAUAUCCGAACGAGACACCCUCAGAGAAGCUUCGCAGAGAAGCUUCGGAGGCCGACGAACGAUACAAGGUUGCCGUCCGCAGACUUGACCAAAUUCGCUGCCGACUGGAAGAGGAAGUUAUUGGCCAGCUUAAAUAUAUGGAGCAGUGCGAGCUGGAUCGCCUUAAGGCCAUUAAAGCCGUGGUCCUUGACUUCUCGGGUGCUAUCAGCAAUGUGAUUCCCAACCUGCAGAGCACGGUGGACCACAUGAUGCUGUACCAGGAAACAAUCCAGCCUCUUGGUGACUUGAGAUAUCUGCUGGAGAACUACCGGACCGGUGGAUUCGUCCCUAAGAUCCAGGCAUAUGAGAACUACUAUGGCUCCGUUGAAGAACAAAACUUCGGUGUCGAUCUCGAAGCCAGAGCUCGCGUCGACCGCAAACGUGUCCCCGUUUUGGUGACCACGAUUCUGACUUACCUGGAUAACCGCUACCCCGAACUGGAAGGCGACGAGGCACGGCGAAUGAUCUGGCUUACUGAAGUGGAACUAAGCACGACGCAUAAACUUCGUCAUGUUUUGAACAACAGCAAGUCCGAUUACAGCGAAGUGUUGCCACAAUUCGAGAUUCCAGUUAUUGCAAGCGUUCUAAGAUUGUAUCUCCUUGAAUUGCCAGACUCCUUGGUUUCUUCGCAAGUUUACGAGAUCGUGAAGACAAUUUAUUCUACCACUGCACAUGAGACCACGGAAGAGGGACGGAUCAAGGUUCUGCAGAGCACCCUUGGACAACUCCGCCUCGUCAAUAUCGCUACGCUUGAUGCCAUUAUGACUCACUUUACACGCCUGAUUGAUCUGACCUCCGCCGACGAAGAAUACAUUACUUCUUUGGCACAGGCCUUUUCCCCCUGCAUCCUCCGCCCUCGCAUUGAGAGCACCCUGACGAUGAACGAACGCCACAGCUACCGCCUGAUCCGCGAUUUGUUUUCUCACAAGGAUGCCAUCUUUGGUGAGCUGAAGCGCCAAUCGAGUGCGCUUGGACUUACCAGCUCCAACUCCAACCGGCCCCGCGCCAUUAGUACUGACGAGAGUAACCGUCGUGCGGCGAUGGAGGCCCGCCAACGAGCCAUUGUCAACCGCAGCCGGGCAACUAGCCCCGCCAAUCGCCAACGGCAUCGCCGUGACCGCUCGAGUGGUGCGUCGGAGACCGGCAGGUUCCCGAUCAACGUCAACAGCCCAUCAGAUCGCAGAUCUGCCCGAGGCACUGGCUUAGAUGUUCCGGUCAAUAACGAUCCCCAGCCUGGGUCUGAAAAUGCCCCCACUGUCAAUACCCAAGUUCCCGAGGCUGUUACCAACGGCUCGUAUACCGAGUCUCCUGUUUCGGUUGCCCCCACCACCAGCAUUCACUCGGAGUCUCCCAGCCCACCCCCUGCUCCUUCUCUCCCCGACACAGCUUCUGAUGAUUCUCCAACCCCUACUCCCACUCCUGCUGUGGGAUCCGGCGAGUUCGAGAAACGUAACUCUAUCUCUCGCUCUUCUGCUCGAUAUAGCCGCAAGACAGGCCUCGGUAGUUUGUCGAGCUUCCCCACCGGCUCGGCUGUUGGGGCUAGCGGUACAGACAGCAGCCGAAGCAGCAACCGAAGCAGCAUCGCCGAAAGUGAACCCAAUCGAGUCACCCUAGAGGACAAACCUAUGGAUGACUAG